AUGCCUGCUGAGGUCCGGGAUGCUCGCAAGGCUGUGAGAAGGAGAGAGGUGGUGGAGGCUUUGCCUCGCGAGUACUACCUGGCAAGGUCCCGGAUGGAACGCUUCAACGUGGCAGAGGAGCUCCGACAGAUGCGCUCCGCCGAAGCACGACGGCACUACGACAGCUUAACGAUCCCACCGCUGGGUCUAGUCGAGCGCAAGUGUCCCUAUGGGGCUCCGCUCCCAGUCAAGAAGUCUCGCCCAAAGAAGGCGAAUCUCCAAGCGAUGCCCUUAUCGCAAUCACAGCCCAUCCUUCCAUCCGCAGGGGAAGCAAAGAAGAGAUAUCCCGGGCUGCUCCUUUUGGACAUUCCCUACGACCCUACAACCUUCCCCAACGAGCACGACGACCGCAUUCGUGCCAUCGAUGGGCAGAUCGCCGAGAAAGAGCUCUUCCUAGAAAAGUCUGACAGCGAAGCUGCUCGAAGGAUGAGGCAAAGCUUCAGUGCCAAAGCUCCGGACUUCAAGUUUGACCAUGUGCCGGAUGGGACCAUCUCGGAGAACGCCUCACAGGACGGCAAGUCUCUGUCGAGCAUCGUGGACUUCAACCCCUCUGAAGUUGACUUCUUCCGAGUCAGCCGCAAGCUUGCAGGACUGGCUCCUCAGGUCAGCUCCAUCGUUGUCACCUCCAUGGUGCUGCUCGGGGUGCUGUCGGGUGGAAGCUCCGGCGAUCAGGGCGCUAGCCAAGUCCGAGAUUGGAACACGAAGGUUCAGAUCAGCAUCUCGAAAGACCGUGGUUCAAACGCAGAUGGGACUGCUUGGUAUCGGACCGUGACGACUUCAGUCCGUGAGACGCGAACGGGUGCUCCCUUGGAGGAACUCUCCCGGCUGGUGAGAUCCUUGGAGUCCUCCAGAGACCAGGCCGAGCUGUCCGAGCGCCUGCUCGAUGAGCUCCAGGCCACAGACUCCCCGGCAAGAGCUGCAAGGAUUGAGUCGCUUCUGUGGCAGACCUGGUACUUUCACGAAGACGAGGCUGCGCGACAGCUCCUGAGGGACGGUUCGGACCUGCUCGCAGAGGGCGACCUUAAUGAAGCCAAGAAACGUUUCUUGCAUGCUGCUAUCCUGGAGCCUGGUUGGGCAGAAGCUUGGAAUCGUCUUGCAACGGUGAACUAUUUGCUGGGGUUCUAUGAUGAGUCUCUUGCUGAGAUUGACAAGACGCUGGAGAUCGUGCCCCGUCAUUUCGGUGCCUUAUCAGGCCGAGGCCUUGUCAUGCUGAAGCUUGAGAGAUAUCGCGAAGCUGUGGAGGCCUUCGAGGACACGCAGGAGGUCUGCCCCACCAGCAGGUCUGCAACUUCAAACAAGGCCUUUGCCGAGGCCCUGCAGGAGAAGUCUCUUCGGGCCUGA